AUGAUGCGAGGCGAGAUCCCUUCCAGGCACCGCCAGGCGUUUGCUCAGCGACGACUUGCCAAAAACCCAAGUCUCCAACGCAAGCUGGAACAAAUGGCUCUACCACUGGCACCUCUGGUCCAGCUGACGACAGGCGCUGUCCAUCCUUCAUUUCCCACUACCGUCCUCAACUUCUGGUUGCUCACCGAUGAGCAGCUCGAGUCUCUCGCCCAUUUCUACCACCAGAGGACGCCCAGCCCAUGGACAAACCAGUAUCCAUGCCCAAUCGCGUGGAGAUCCGACCUACCUCUUGAGGAGAAACGGCGCAAGAUGGGCAAGUUCAUUGGCCUUCGAGGCUGCGAAUCACCCAUCCUGCUCAAGACCGAGGAUGAGAUCCUGGCGGAGGCACGCAGAGCGAGACUCGCGGCCGAGGAGGACCUUUGGAGGCGCAAGCACUUUUCCUGA